AGAAAAAAAUCCAUUAAAUCAGCAUUUUAAACAAAAUGUACUGCACUCAUUUUUAUCGCGGUUAUUUUGAGCAAAAUCCGGCUAACUUUUCGAACCUGUUGUUUGGGCGGGAAGUGAAAGCGACGCCAUUUUCUCUGUUUUCAUGCCGAUAAAUGAUGUGGAAUGCCGAUGCAUAUUAUUUAAAUCACCCUCCUGAUUGAUUUUACGAAUAAUUUCGUUAUUGCUGUUUUCAUAAUAAGAUAUUGUUUAAUUUUAAGAGUUGUUGAUAACAGAUAUUCAUCAUGUUUUAUGCACAUUUUGUGUUGAGUAAGAAAGGACCGCUCGCUAGAAUUUGGUUGGCUGCCCAUUGGGACAAGAAACUAACAAAGGCUCAUGUGUUUGAAACCAAUAUAGACAGCAGUGUGGAAGCUAUCAUGCAGCCUCAGGUGAAGUUGGCUUUACGAACCUCUGGACAUUUACUGUUGGGAGUAUGCAGAAUCUACUCCAGAAAAGCCAAGUACCUGUUGGCCGAUUGUAAUGAAGCAUUUGUUAAGAUUAAAAUGGCUUUCCGACCAGGUGUUGUAGAUCUACCAGAGGAGAAUCGAGAGGCAGCAGUAGCAGCCAUUACUCUUCAGGAAAAUUUCCAUGACUUUGAUACAACCUUGGCUGAUCUUAAUGAUUUUGAUGUACAAGCCCAGUUUUCUGUGAAUCAGAGCCGACCAGAAGAAAUCACAAUGAGAGAAGACCUAUCUAGCAUUACUUUUGUUGGAGAUGAUGGAUUUGGAGAUAUUGGUUUUGAUGACAGAGAAAUCCUCCGGGACGCCACUUCAUUUGAGGAAUCCCUCUACAAACAGCCAGAUCAUGAACCACUUGUUGAAGAAAAAACCCUUAAUGAGAAUGCUAACGAGAAACCAAUGGAUGUAGAUAAUGAUAUACAUGCACCAAUGGAUGAUGAUCUUAGUCCUGUUGACGGAGGAUUUAUGGAUGAUGAUGAUGACGACGAUGAUGAUGGAGGAGGCUUUGGGGGCGGAGUUGAUCAAGAAUUCUUUGGUGACGAUGACUUUAUGAAUUCGGGAGGUUUGUUCGAGGAUGCCCCCGUAGCUGAUGUAUCAAUGCCACAGGCACCUGAGGCUGAAACAACCAUAUCAAAACCAGCAGAAGAGGAUACUUCCAAGAUACCAGAGGAGUUAGAACCAGCAGCACCACAGACGACAUCCAUGGCCAGUAUUGUAGGACCGGCAGGGGAACAAACAACACUCAUUAACAAUGAAGAAGAGGCUUUUGCCUUGCCUCCUUUAGAUGCCACUAUAUUCCCAGGAACAGAAGGCAAAAGGCGAAGAAAGAGAAAACUGAUUGUAGAUGAACAAAAGGGUUUCCCUGGUGAAACAAUGAAGUUACAGUUAUCAGAUACAUCAGAUAUCAUUAGUACAUUAGAUCUGGCUCCACCCACCAAAAAACUCAUGCACUGGAAGGAAACAGGGGGCGUGGAGAAACUGUUCUCAUUACCUGGUAGAAAUAUUGUCUCUAAAGUCACUUCUAAGCUCUUUUCAAGAAACUUGAUAACCAAACAAGUAAAGGAUGAUGAACCGGAACAAGAAAACUUCUUACAGUUAGAGGAAGAAGAAAUUGCUAGGAACGACAAAUCUCAAGACAAAUCACGAGCAAGAGAAGAAUUUAGUACAAUAAUGGAAGAACCAUCAAUACUAGACGCAUCCGUCAAAUCCAAUUUACCAGAUCGUCAAUCUAUACAGCCUGAUGUUGAUCGACAAUCAAUACAACCAACUCUCGCAGAUACCACGAACCCUCAGGACUUGCUGGUCAAUACCUUUACAGAGGAAGUGCCUCAACCUCAAUUAGACGUGUCGGAACCACAACUACCGCAGCCUCAGUUUGACCAGUAUGAAGAUCCCCCAUCAAUAGCACCAUUCUCUGUACCGCCCCCAUCAGUACCGCCUCCAUCGGUACCCCCACAGGCUGAAGUUCCAGGUUUCAGAACCGAUGAAGAUCUUGAAAACGAACUUAUGCCAGAAAAUGAAGAACAGGAAGAAAAGAGACUUACAAAGCGUACACAUCAAAUGCAGCAUGCUUUAGAAUUAGCAUUUAGAUACAAUAAUAGACUUAGUUUUGCUGAAAUGUCACGUAAUUUAUACAAAAAACAAUCUGCAGCCCGGUUUUAUACUUUGUUGGUUCUUAAAAAGUUUCAGGCUGUUGAAGUGAGUCAACAGAAAGAGUUCGGUGACAUUUGGAUCAGUAAAGGACCACAAUUUGGCCUGGUGUCAUGAGUGGACUACUUAAGUGAGGACUUGGACAAUGUCUGUUAAAACCUGUUUAUGUUGUUUAAAAGGAGAAAUUGAAGGCAACUAUUGUAUUUUAACCUGGAACGUGUUUAAAGAGAGAAGAAAUGAUUAUGAUCUCUUGUAUGUGUAGAAAUAGCUGGAGUUUUGAAAAGUUUUAUGUGUACAAAGUUUACUAUACAACUGUUAUUGAUAAUGACAACAUAUAGUAGAAUAGUAUGUGAAAGUGAAUCUUUGGUAUGAAAGUAUGAACAGUUUUAUUAUCUUUUAAAACAAGAUUUUACAAUCUAAAUUAUUAUAGCUAGAUAAAUCCACGAUAAACAGAAAGUACAUCAGAUGCAAUUGGCAACAUUACAAUUUUAUGUAAACAUUUGAAAUAUUUUUAAAGUAAUGGACAGAAUACUAUUUUUUUAUGGUUUUAUUUUAAACUAAUUGAUUUUAUGUGAGGUAUAUUUAUGCUGUGGAACAUUGCUUUGGCGUGGGUAGGAGGUCAUAGUAGGAUUAAUAUCAUGAAAUAUGUUUGCAACAUAUUUAAUAAGGGUGAACACUGAACUAAUAUCUUUUGAGAAUAAACAUGUCUGCCACCAAAUAUCUACGUGUAGCUGUUUCAGGGCUCAAAUUUUGAUGCUUUAGUUAGUUUUAUAUUUUGGGCUUAUGACACAUCAAUUCUGUAAUUAAAAGCUUUCAUGUUGGAUUUUGUAAUGAAAAAGUUAAAAUAAUGUAAUAAAAUUCAAAUUAAAUGAAAAACUGAAAGAAAAAUAAUGCCAGCAAGAUAUUUAAUGUCAUUGAGUUUUUUGGGGAAAUUUGAAUUGGCAUAAUUCUUUAAAUAACUGUGUACCUAUAUGAUGUAAGGGGCUGCUGUUGUGUAUGAUAUAGAUUACACUUGUUCUGAUGGUACAAAUAUAUAUAAUAACGAAUGAUGUAAGUAACCUUGUUUCUAAUGAUAUAAGGAACUUUGCGUGUCUGGUGUAAGGGCUUUUUCAUUAAAUUGACUGUACUAGGGUCGGGAGGUAUAAAUUCUGUCCAUUGUUCUAUGAACAACUUUACCAUUGAAAUAAUUAAGUAAUCUGCAUCAAAAGGGGUCAUGUGAACGCUUGAAUAAACAAUAACUUGGGUCAAAGAUAAUUGGCUGACAGUAGGGAAGGGACAUUAUUUGUCAUAGUACACUGAUGUACACUAUCUUCCAAUACCACACUUUAACCAAUUAUAAUUUUUUUUAACAGAAUUCAAACCAAACAUUACUUUUUUUAGGUUUAGAUUUUAUUGAAAUAAACAUGACCUGUUUUCCAUUGAUAAAAAUUUAAUGUAAGUUGGUCAUCUUCAUCAUCAAAGAAAGAAUUUUGCUAAAAUCCUGCAUUUACCUUCCGACCUCUAUUACAGUACAUUUAUAUGGACUAGCGAUAUUUUGUCUUUGUUAAUUAUGCUGUACCAUUGUUGAUAGAGGCAGCUUUACGUGUUCUGUCGUAUAUAGUUUAUUCUGUUAUUUAUUGUAAUACAUAGUGUAUGUUUUUAGUGUUAAUCGUAGGGUCAUUCAAUUUUUUCAAAACCAUUCAGCAUGUUAAAAUGAAAACCAAAUCAUAACUUAUUUUCACUUGCAUAUCUGGGAUAAAGAACACUUAUAUAAAUUGAUGUCUGAUUUUGAAUUUGAAUACAUCUGAUACAUUUUGCUUGCUAUCUUUUUAAGGGAUGGGUGAAUUCUUCCUUAAAAUUGUUAAAGGAUUAUUGUACAGAAAUUUCUUACUCGUGACAGUUGUAAAAAAAAACCCAAGCAUAAUAUUGGAAAUUGGAAAAUUUAGAAAAUUAUUCUUUGUACUGAAAAUACUACAUAAUUGUAAACAAUGACUUUACUAAAUCAAUUUUAUUCUGGUGUUCAGGGAUUUUACACAACUUAUUUAUCAAAAAAAGAAGUGUAUGUGUUUCAAAGCUCCAAAGUAGAAACUUAUAAUACCUUUCAUAUUAAAAGUGAUCAAGAGUUAUUGCCCUUGUGUGAUAACAAGGAAGAUGGCUUUUGAUCACUCUUACUUAUUAUGUUUAUAAAAAGAAGGCUUUUUAGCUCAAAUACUGUAUGUAUAUUUUCUUAUGAUAAAUAAGAUAAAAGAACAUAAUUUGAUAUUACAGUUAAUUAAAGAAAAGUCUCCUUAACUUAGUUUACAUGAUGUGUUCACAUAAGUUUUAAUUAUUUUAGGUCAUUGCUUUUAGAAAGUUUCCAUUUUAAAAACAACUGUUAAAGUUGACAAACACAAUUUUAUAGUCAUGUCAACUACAUCAAUCACUCAUUAUCAUUCAUAUUUUAUAAUAAAACAUGUUUUAAGA